AUGACUGGAAUUCGUCGUGUCUCACCUGCGCUUGACGGAUUCCACGGAUGCCAGCCAAAAGUCAAGCGUAAAGAGCGAAGAGCAAAGAGGCACAAAGGGUCAGAAACAAGUCCGAACCGGCUGUGA